AUGUCCUCGGAAGCGGGGUCACCAGUAUCUCUCCAGGGCCAGGACACCAACUCUCUUCUCAAUGGCAUGGGAGACUACCUGGUGCGAACAGCCUCUGUGUGGGCCAAGCUCACGAAGAACCUCGCCGCCGGCGACCACAUCGAACAGGCAGUCCACGAUGCGCACUUGAGGGCAGCGCAGGACACACGAUUCUCCGAUACGUUGAGCAUAGCAGCUCUUGACGUUGACCUAACGAAACUUCGAAAGAUACAGAAUCUGACUGCUCAGUAUUCGCGCGACGUCCAAGCCAUAUGGUACACUGAAAUGCCGGACCAUGAUUCUUCGCUAGAGUCGCAUGCAGCUGUGUCUCCAUUCUACAACAUGAGGCCUCUCUCCAUCCAGCAUACCUUCCAGAGCUCCAUGAUGACACACACCGACAGCAAGCCCAGGACGUGGUGCGGUAUCCCACCCACGGCGAAUGGGGUGGAGAAUGGUGGCACUAUUGACGACGACUCGGGUUCCGACGGUAGUGACGACGAAGACGACGGCCUGUUUCAGGGCCUCAACCUCGACAGUCUCAAGAGCAGGGGUAAAGGGCAGCACUACUGUCCCAAAAUGCACAACUGUACCAAGGGAGGAGUGGACGAUAACGGUAGACUUGUUGCCUUUGUCAGAAACUCGGCUUAUCUGCAGCAUUGCAACAAGCACAUAAAGCCUUGGCGGUGCGAGAAACCGUACUGCCCCAACCCUCCCAAGAAGCGCAAGUUUGCCCGACGAGAUGGCCUGGAGAGACACCAGACAUCUGUGAGCCACAAGCCACCCGGUGCCAGAAGUCCCAAGGUUGCAAAAGUACGAAAGGACAUGAUGUGA